AGCUUCAUCUUCUUUGUUGGUAGCGAAAUGGCGAUCUCAAGAGGCUUGUCUGGGCGGAUGAUUGAUCGGUCGGCCGUCGUUGGAGCUCGAUACAUGUCGUCGUGGUGGCGUAGCGUGCAGCCCGCUCCCAAGGAUCCAAUUCUUGGUGUCACGGAAGCUUUUAUGGCCGAUCCCAAUCCCGAUAAAGUCAAUGUUGGAGUCGGUGCAUACCGUGAUGAUAAUGGGAAGCCAGUUGUUUUGGAAUGUGUUAGAGAAGCCGAACGAAGGGUUGCUGGGAAUUUGAACAUGGAAUAUCUUCCUAUGGGAGGAAGUGUGAAGAUGGUGGAAGAAACACUGAAGUUGGCCUAUGGUGAGAAUUCUGAGUUGAUAAAAGACAGAAGGAUAGCCGCAGUGCAAGCUCUGUCCGGGACUGGUGCAUGCCGACUUUUUGCGGACUUUCAAAAGCGUUUUUGUCCCAACUCCCAAAUCUAUAUACCAGUCCCUACUUGGUCAAACCACCACAACAUUUGGAGAGACGCCCACGUCCCUCAGAAAACAUACCAUUAUUAUCACCCAGAAUCAAGAGGUCUGGAUUUUGCAGCAAUGAUAGAUGACAUUAAGAAUGCUCCAAAUGGUUCAUUCUUUCUACUUCAUCCAUGUGCUCAUAAUCCCACUGGUGUGGAUCCUACAGAGGAGCAGUGGAGAGAAAUCUCACACCACAUCAAGGUGAAAGGUCAUUUUCCCUUUUUCGACAUGGCAUAUCAAGGUUUUGCUAGCGGUGACCCAGAGAGAGAUGCGAAGUCCAUCAGAAUAUUUCUUGAGGAUGGCCAUCAUAUAGGAAUUGCACAAUCAUAUGCAAAAAAUAUGGGACUCUAUGGCCAGAGAGUAGGAUGCCUCAGUGUGCUUUGCGAAGAUGAAAAACAAGCAGUAGCUGUAAAAAGUCAACUGCAGCAGCUUGCAAGACCCAUGUACAGCAACCCACCUGUUCAUGGUGCUCUCAUAGUUUCAAUAAUUCUUGGUGAUCCAGACUUGAAGAAACUAUGGCUGAAGGAAGUUAAGAUCAUGGCUGAUCGCAUAAUUGGAAUGCGAACUGCUUUACGAGGGAACCUUGAAAAGCUAGGUUCUCCUUUAUCAUGGCAGCACAUCACUAAUCAGAUAGGGAUGUUCUGCUAUAGUGGAUUGACACCGGAACAGGUGGAUCGCUUGACAAAUGAAUUUCACAUCUAUAUGACGCGCAAUGGUCGAAUCAGUAUGGCGGGUGUUACGACGGGAAAUGUCGAGUAUCUGGCAAAUGCGAUUCAUCAAGUAUCAAAAUCUGGAUAGAAUUGCUGAUGAACAAGUCAAAUCAUUGUCCUUCAGCCUGGUAAUGGGAAGAGAUAUUUAAAGAUUUUUGGGCCUCUUUGUGAGGACAAUAUAAAGAGCUGAACUUAAGGUUUCUGCAUUGAAUAAAUACCAUAACUAGAGACAAGAGGUCCACAUUGGAUUGCCAUUCCAAUAAAUAAUUUUAGGAAUUUGAUUUUUUUU